UUCGACGAAACAUGGCUGCUGUCAAGUGAGCUGUUGAUGGUGUACCGAACAGUUACAAUUCACUUAUAUGUUCUCUUAAAUGAUUUAUUUUAAAUAUUUUAAUUCAUAACAGUGUAUUGUGACGGGGAUAGUUUCAAUAGUCUGCGUUUUACUUUGGAACAGUCAAAAAUUCCUUCACCCGCGAUAACGUGCCAGUUAGCAUCACUAGCUAGCUAGCUCAAGGAGAACAAUGACGGCAAGCUCAUCGGGUGGAAACACCUGUCUCACUGCUAAAGGUUUGGACAUUAGUCUCGCAGCCCUGCAAAGACAAGAUCCUUACAUCAACAACAUUGUAGAUGUGGCGAGUCAAGUGGCGUUGUAUACUUUCAACAACCGAUCAAAUGAAUGGGAGAAGACUGACGUGGAAGGGACCCUGUUUGUCUACACACGGCUAGCAUCUCCCAGACAUGGCUUCACCAUAAUGAACAGGCUGAGUAUGGAGAACCUGACUGAACCCAUCACUAAAGACCUGGACUUCCAGCUGCAGGAUCCAUUCCUACUCUACAGGAAUGCACGCUUAGCUAUCUAUGGCAUCUGGUUCUAUGAUAAGGCGGACUGCCAGCGCAUCGCAGAGCUUAUGAAGUAUCUGACGAAACAGGAACAGGCCCUAGCCCAGCGGGGUCAGCAGGGUCAGGGGGGCUUGGUGUCUCCUCGAGCCCUGGAGGCAGCAGGGAACCCUGGGAAGGGACAAGGAGUGGACAUCCUGCAGAUGCUGACCAAAGCUCGCAAUGAGUAUGACAAGGGUGGUCAGCCAGAGCCUAAAGAGAUAGGAGGGUGUCGUGUCCUUAAUGCCAACCCCAGCCUGAUCAAACCUAUCCCUGUCAAACCUAUGGAGAGAUAUCCCCAUCCUGGGUUACAGGAGAGGCCUGUUCAGGAUAGUCAAGGAGAGCCCAGGCCCCUCUCUCUGGCAACUCUGUUCGGUGUCCAGCAGCCCAGAGCCGAGCUGGUCUCUCCCAUGGCUGCGUCAGGGUCAAGAGGUCCAGGGUCCCAGCCCCAGGGGAAGCCUGGAGGUGUCCGCCCGGCGGUGGCCCGCUCCUUGUCCUACGAUGACCCAGUCCAGUCCCAGCUCCAGGAAGGGGGUCUGAUCUCAGGUAGCAGCCCCCCGCAGCACUGCCCUGCCUUCCAGAAGCUUAUGAAGGAUGCCGCCUCCUCCUCCCAGCCUCGGAACCAGCUCCAGCGAGGCGGUACUAUGGAGCAGCUCCAGCGAGGGGGUACUAUGGAGCAGCUCCAGCGAGGGGGUCCUAUGGAGCAGCUCCAGCGAGGGGGUCCUAUGGAGCAGCUCCAGCGAGGGGGUCCUAUGGAGCAGCUCCAGCGAGGGGGUCCUAUGGAGCAGCUCCAGCCCGUCUCCGAGUCAUCCGAGAACAGACUGCAUGAGAACGGAGCCCCCUCUGUCCUCCACCAUCGGACCCAGGCCAGACAAGACCCCAUCCAGAGACUGUUCCAGAACCAGCCCACUUCCACCACCCCUUCAAUGACGACCUCCGCUCCUUGUUGUCCUCCUCCUCUCCAGCAGCCUCCUCCUCUCAUCCCUGGUCUCCAGUCUGCCCAUCCUCAGCCUCUCCUGGUGGAUGUGUUGGGCUUCCCUGGUUCUCAACACCAUCACGUCCACCUCCCCCCUCACCAGGCCCAGCCGUUUUACUUCAGCCCCACCAAGCCCCCCCAGAUGCUGGUCCCCAUGUUGCCCUCACACCCCUCCCAGUCUCAACCUCCCCACCAACCCCAGCCUGGUCAUCCUCAACCUCAGUCACAGCCCUGUCACCCUUUCCACCCCUUCCAGCACCCCCAGCCCUUAUACCUCCAACCCCUGCCAGGUCACCUCCAGCCGGGGCAGCUAACUGGUGUCGUCUCCCCUCAUGAACUGCUCCAGAGGCUGCAGCUGGUUCAACAGGAGCAGAGUCUGGUCCCGGAGCCCACUAGGCCUUCCUCUAACCUGGCUCCCCGCUUCCACGAGCCUGCCCCUCUAGCCCCCUCAGCCCCCCCAGCCAUGGGGCAGCACGGCCAGCAGGCGGCUCAUUCUACAGCCAGGUCUCUGGACAGUUUGGCUGACAAGACCUCUGCAGGCACCGCUGCUCAGAAGUUCCAGGUGAUCUCCCCCCAGCGUAUCCCAGCCACGGUGGCACCUACCCUGCUCCUGUCCCCCAGUGUCUUCUCCCAGGCCAAGCGCCCCCAGGCCAAAGCCUCUGGGGUCACCCACUGCCCCCCUGGCCCUCAUCCUCCCUCAGCCCUCCUGGCCCCUGACAACCCCCAACCCAGGGGCCUCUCUAAGAGCCAGCUCCAGGCCACCCUGCUGCACCUCAUACAGAACGACACUUCCUUCCUGGAUACCAUCUAUGAGUCCUACGUCCACCGCUUCUCCACGGAAGCCACCGCCAACCAGUUCUGAGGCCAGGGCCCUGUUUAAUGAGGCCAGGGCCCUGUUUAAUGAGGCCAGGGCCCUGUUUAAUGAGGCCAGGGCCCUGUUUAAUGAGGCCAGGGCCCUGUUUAAUGAGGCCAGGGCCCUGUUUAAUGAGGCCAGGGCCCUGUUUAAUGAGGCCAGGGCCCUGUUUAAUGAGGCCAGGGCCCUGUUUAAUGAGGCCAGGGCCCUGUUUAAUGAGGCCAGGGCCCUGUUUAAUGAGGCCAGGGCCCUGUUUAAUGAGGCCAGGGCCCUGUUUGAGGCACCCAAUAGACAAAUGUUUCAAAACACUUUGCAACGGGAAGUGAAUAUAAUCAUUUCUUCUGGGCCAAGUCCAGGGAGCCCCUCUCCCUGUUUGUCUGUUUUCUUCCAUUAGGUGCCUAAUGAGUAAGUCCCUGGGGUCAUGCCCAAACCGGCACAAUCAUUUUAUAAUCGAAACCAUUUGCUGAUCUAGCUAAAUUAGUCUUCCUAAUGUGAGCACUGUGGAUGUAACCUGUGGAUUCAGAUUACAAGGACAUUUGAUUUUUGCCAUUUUUAAGAUGUUUUUAUCAUAAGAAUAAAAUAAUUGAAAGUUUGAAUGGGAUAUUGUAGUAAGAGCUAUCAAACAAUGGUAUAUGUUUUGGAAUGACUGUACUUGUUUUUAAAAGGUUCCUCUCUUAAACCAUUUUAGUUUCCAGGCAUUUGACAAUGUUUAAUUCACUUGAAGUUGGAUGAGUUUAUUUUGAACACUUUAUUAAGUGGAAAGUCCUGUUUUUUUUUUUUAAAUAGACAAUAUUUCCAGUCUUAAACUUGUGCUACCUCUCAGAAGUGACCCUCUGUUGAGGUAGAAGUUUCCCAAAGGAGGAAUUACACCGUACUGUAGAACCUGCCAUUUAUUUUCAUAAUGCGACUGGCUUUAUUUCCAGAUGUCUGAAACUCAAUGUACAUCGACACGGUUCAGAGUCUUCUGUGCUCACACAUUCUAGACUAGUUUGAUAGACGGUUUAUAUGUAUCAAGCAAAGGGUUUAAGAAACUAUUUUAUGUUACGAGAGAGAAAGAUAAUAGAAUAGUUUGUCUAUUUUUCUAUGCCGUUGUCAUACAAGGACAUUUUAAAAACACAAUGUUGCAAUGACCUGUACCACUGAAACAGGAAGUGUUUUAAUUUACACAAUCUGCCAUGUAUCAAGUAUUUUAAAACCUGUGGAAUCUGGAGUCCCAUCAUUUUGUUAUUUUGGUUUUGAAAACCACUUUUUAUUUUAUUUUUAUGAGUCAAACAUUCUGAGUGACCGCAAAGCCCACUACGUGACUUGUUUCUUGUGUAAUGAUUGAACAGUGUCUGGACCACAACUGAAUUGGAAAUAAAUGAAUGUCUUCUUCAAA